AUGAUGCGUUGGUUGCGGCCAGGACGACUGUUUAUCGGUUUAUCUAUUUCGCAUUUUGGAACGGAAACGACUGUUAAAGCCCGUGGAUCAUCGCAACAACGCCCUUCAGUUAUUGGCUUUGCUGCCAAUAUAGGCUCUGCCGAUAUUGAAUUUAUGGGUGACUUUGGCUUCCACGAUCCCGGCCGAACUGAUAUGACUGCGCUUGUGGCGAAAUUCGUUUCACGAGCUGUUGAGCGUUAUAGCGAUGCGAAAUUGCAGUACCCUUCUCAGAUUGUUGAUUAUGAGGUGCCGCUGAUUCGACACGCGCUUGAAAAAUCACGGUGCGGCAAAACACCGCUAACAUUGAUUGUGGUGAACCGUGCACAUCAUAUUCGCCUGAUACCGCGAGAGGUACGGCAUUUUUGA